CAUAAACGGGCCCAGCACCAAUUCCAGAAUUCCAUCGUAGCCACAUUUCUAGCUAACCGAUAUUACCCAAAGUUCCAAACUUUCACUCAUUCUCGCAUGGCUCAAAAUGGAACCAAGGAGUAACGCAAAAGGGUGACCACUUGAAUCACGCACAUAUAAUGAGCAAAACCCCUUUAUUUUUUCCCAUGUUCGUCCAGUUUCACGAAUAAUCUUGUGGGAAGUAGGAACCAAAGACACAAUCACAGUAUGCCUCUUGAUUUCACAGAAUUUCAAGAGAAGUUUUCCACUGGCGUUAGACCAUGGCAACGCUCCUUCCAAUUCUGGGCCCGAGCUGUGGAUAUCUACACUGGUUAUAAGGUGUUUCAACUUCGAGUUAAUUUCGAGAAGGAUGUGGAGAAGGCAGAAGCAAUGUGGGAGAGACAACAUGAACAUGCGGCUGAAAAAGUUUAUUCCAUGUGUUCUGACAUGGGUGGGUUCUUUCUCAAGAUUGCUCAAAUUCUUGGAAAACCGGACUUAGCACCAGCUGCAUGGGUGAGGAGGUUAGUUACUCUGUGUGAUCAAGCUCCUGCAACCCCAUCAAACAUGGUGCAACUUGUUCUUGAGAAGGAGUUGGGUAAAAGUGUUGAUGAAAUGUUUGAAAGAUUUGAUUGGGAUCCUAUUGGCUCUGCUUCGAUUGCACAGGUUCAUCGAGCUAGGUUAAAAGGCGAUAGAAAUGAUAUUGUUGUCAAGGUACAACAUCCUGGUGUUCAAGACUUGAUGAUGACAGAUAUUAGGAAUUUGCAAGCUUUUGCAUUAUGCAUACAAAAGACAGAUGUCAAAUUUGAUUUCUUCUCCGUGUGUAAAGAAAUGGAGAAGCAGAUAGGGUAUGAAUUCGAUUUUACAAGAGAAGCCGAUGCCAUGGAUAGAAUUAGAGCUUUUCUACUUUCAGUUAACCGAAAGACACCUGUUAAAGUCCCACGGGUUGUACGCAAUGCGGUCACCAGGAGGGUGUUGGCAAUGGAGUAUAUAGAUGGGAUCCCGAUUCUGAAUCUUGGAGAUGAAAUUACGAAAAGGGGCAUAAAUCCGGAUGGUAAGAUGGCAGCAGCAGCAAAGCAGAACAUCCUAAAAAGUCUUACACUUGCAUAUGGACAGAUGAUACUCAAGAGUGGAUUCUUUCAUGCGGAUCCCCACCCCGGAAAUAUUCUCAUCUGUAAAGGCUCAGAGGUGGCGUUGCUUGAUUAUGGACAAGUGAAAGAUCUUCCAAACACAUUGAGGCUAGGUUAUGCCAAUUUGGUUCUAGCUAUAGCUGAUAAUGACCCCACAAGGGCUUCAGAGGGCUUUCGGGAACUUGGCAUAGAUACGUUAAGCAUGUGUUCAGAUGAAAAGACGGAAUUGUUUAAGUUGGCUCAGGUAAUGUUUGAUACAAAAUUACCACCGGGAGUGAAGGUGUUGCAGCCUUUCUCGGAAGAUUCUUCAAUUAAAAAGGUCGCAGUACGGUCUUUUCCGGAGGAAUUGUUUUCUGUUCUUCGCACGGUGCAAUUGUUGAGAGGGCUUAGCGUCGGUCUGGGAAUCGACUACUCAUGUGCGGAGCAAUGGAGGCCCAUUGCUGAAGAAGCGUUAUUUCUUGCUGGCAGACUAAAAGUCGAGGAUAUGAGGACCAGAGAACGAAACCAACGUGGGUUUUUGAAAAGAAUAUUUUGGGGCAACAACCGUAAUUGAUACAGAUGAAGCUUUAUAUAUAAAUCUUGUUUAUGGUAGAGUUAAAUCAUUUAUUUAUCAAUUUAAUUAGUACAGUGGUAUACUAUACCACUAGAAAAGUGUGAGUUUUAAUUAUAAUUUGAAUCGAGCCCCUUGUUUGUUCGUAUUUUGCC